AUGUCUCUAAUUAGCAAUAAUUGGAUGGAUUCUGUUAGUAGAAUCUUCGAUGAUCUUAUUAAAGAUUUGAACGUCGCUAAACGUGGCAACACUCGCACUCGCCGCUUUCCUGCGUUGGAAGUUCAUGAAACUGAGAAAGAAUAUAUAGUCUAUGCAGAAUUGCAACGGAAAACUCUUGUCAAAGAACGUCGUUAUGACAACUUUCCUCGUAGUAUUUCGAUACCUCCAAAUAUAAAAACUGAAGAGGUUACGGCCAAAUUUGAAAAUGGUGUUUUACGAAAUGAGACUUCCCAAGUCAGCCCCGCAAGAAAAUCGAUAUCAAAUAAAAAGACAGCACUAGUAGCAAUAGUCUUUGUAAAUUUCAAUGUUUUAAACAAUAAUAUAAUUGUUAUAAAUAAUAAAUCAUUAUUUUUUCCAUCAACAAAUGGAAGUUAUAAAAACUAA